GCGGAUGUUUUGGGAAUAGCGUGGACUUGCCGUAGUUGACCGAAAUCAGGCUUCUUUUUGCCUGAGCAGCAGCAGACCCUAUUUACAGGCAGCGCAACGUUAAAAAUUAAGUGUAGCCAUGGAACGUAAGCUAUGAUUUGUUAUGUAUGAUUAGAAAGUAUAUACAUUAUGAACAAUAUUAGGAAAGGCGACUUCUUGGACAUUAGUCCAACAAACCAUCCUCCGAUUAAUUUUUCUCAUAAUGACAAGGAGAACACGAAGUCGGUUGCGGUGCUAAGUUUAGUGCAAUUUUCAAGGCCUCCUUAUGUUAGUUUUGGAACUGUCAAGUUGGGUACAACGAGAUCCGAAGUUUUAUGCAUUGAAAAUCCAAUAGAUGAUGCGACGGAUGUAAAAGUGGACAAAGUUUCCUCGACCAAAGGGUUUUCUGUUGAACAAACGCAGUUCAUAAUUCCGGCUGAAGACAGUACCUGUCUGACAAUACACUGGACGCCUGCAGAGGAAGGAAAUGUCAGGGAACUCGUCACUUUCAUUGCCAAUGGUAUUAGUAAACACCAAGCUAUUUUACUUGGCAGAGCAGAGGCACCGAAAAGAAAAAAGAAAAGUUUAUGGGAUUCCAUUAAACAGAAGAAAGCAGCAGAUGUUUCUGCACCUUUUAAGGAAAAGAAAACCAAUCCUUCACUGAAAAAAGCUGCCAAUAAAACUUUCCAUGUAUCUCGACAACCACAGUACAAGACGGAGAGAGUGCGAAGCCCUCUGAGAUCAUGUAAUGAAGAGCUAGUACUUCAAGAGAGGGUGGAAGUUUUGACGGGCUCCAUUGAAAAUCACCAGGAGCGGUUGGUGCAGGAGAAUUGUACACCUGUUCCAUUUGAAAAGACCCACGUAACGUCGGCACAGACUAGACUUGAGAGUGUUGUCUCCUCGAAGAACUCGCCAGUUGUUCUCCUAGUUCCAGCUGCCAAACUAUUUGAUGCAGGGGAUGUUACUGAGGGUCCUUGUGCUGUAGGGACACCAUGCAUUACUGAUCAGAAAAAUGUGAACAGAGUGCUGAAUAUGACUCACUCUCCCAUUUGUACUCCAGAAGAUGGUGGCAAUAGAUUGAUACCUCGUAUCCACUCUGGUCAGAGCCCAAUCAGUAGUGAAGGAAAGGUUCUCUCGUGUGUAGCCCAGCCCUUUUUGCCAGGUACUCCAGUGUUGUCUGUGAAAGAUGCUUUGGCAAUCAUUCAGUCGGAUCUAACUGAGUUGGAUGGAGCAAGCCCUCCGAAUGCUUGUUCAAGCUUUGAUUUCUCUGAUUCUUUGGAGUCGGUCAAGGGAAACUGUGGUGCGGACCAAAGUCCUGCUGCACCUGAAUUAACUGAGCAAAGAGUUCAAGAAGUUUCCACUGAGUUGGAGGCUGUAAAACCAAGACUGACUUUCUUGGUUAUACCUAAAACUGACCAAGUGAAGAGCUUUGAAGAUGAAGCAAAUGAUGUUGUUCCUCUGAACUUCAGGAAAAUUCCAUUCUCAUCCUCUACUGUCACUAAAAGCAGAUUGGAUCUAAAUCAGGAAAGCAGUCGGACAAUCAGGAAAACCAGAACUUCAAAGCGUCGGCUUUUGGAGAAAACGUUGGAAUUGUCGGUGGACAGCUCUGCAAAGUCCAGUCUUCUUGGACAGCAACUUGUUGGUGGUCUUCCUGUCAUUGACUCGGAUGCCAGUCAUGACACUCAUGAUUCUAUUCGCUCUCCACUGGUGGCUAUGCCACCAUCUGACUUUUCUCCAGUCAGGUGUGCUCACGCAGAUCAUUUUACAGUUUCCCUCCGUCCUAGCGUGGCUCAACUGGAUUUGUCUCCAGUCAUGGCAACUCCUUCCUGUAAGUCUCAGACUUCAGUCAAGUCUGACCUCACAGUGUUUUUAAAUGUCCAACAUCAAUCAGAGGUAACGUCUUUGAUGCCACAACACGAUGAAACUCUUGUAGAUGCACAGUCCAGUGUGGCUGUGCCUGCACGGUCUCUGUCUUGCAGCAAAAAAAGAAAAAGUGAUGAGUUCUUGACAGAUAAGACAGAGAAAGGAAAACCUUUCCAAGUGAAAAGGAGCCGAGUGUUUCCAGCAGCUAAAGAGACAAAGAAAACAAUUCAAGACAGGAAAUAUAGUUCAAGGUCCACGUCCCAGAGCCUGCGCAGGAAAACAGUUGUAUCACAAAGUUCAAAUCUUGCUGCAUCAGCAGUCACAAAAGCUGCAAAAUCUGUGAGUGUGGCCCAAACCAAACUUCCAUUAUCAAAACCAGCCCCACAGUCUUUGAAAUCCUUUUCGUCGUCAUCUGUGAAGACUGCCAAGGUUGUAGCAGUUGCUCAAGCACAACUAACCUUCAUAAAGCCAGCACAAACAGUGAUACCAAGACACCCAUUGCCAUUUGCUGCCAAGAAUAUGUUCUAUGAUGAACGGUGGAUUGAGAAGCAGGAAAGAGGAUUUGUAUGGUGGAUAAACUAUGUUCUGACUCCAGAUGAUUUCAAAGUCAGCACUGAAGUCACCAAAGUGAAUGCUGUAUCCUUAGCAAUGGGAAGUGAUUCCUCCAAGUGUCCCAAGGCGCCUACAAAAGAAGAGAUGUCCUUUAGAAUGUACACAGCGAGGCGGCGAUUGAACUCCCUCCGUCGUGCUGCUUGCAAGCUCUUCACAUCAGAGGCUAUGGUGAAGGCCAUCCAGCGUCUAGAGCUUGAGGUGGAGGCCAAGAGGUUACUGGUGCGCAAGGACAGGCAUCUCUGGAAGGAUAUUGGCGAACGUCAGAAAAUUCUCACCUGGCUUCUGUCAUACAAUCCACUUUGGCUAAGGAUUGGACUUGAGACCAUUUUUGGGGAAUUGAUACCGUUGGAAAGUAACAGUGAUGUCAUGGGAUUGGCAGUUUUCAUUUUGAACCGGUUGUUGUGGAAUCCAGACAUUGCUGCUGAAUUCAGACAUCCAAAAGUGCCACACCUGUACCGAGAUGGACAUGAGGAGGCCCUGUCUCGUUUCACUUUGAAAAAGCUACUCCUGCUUGUCUGCUUUCUUGACAAAGCCAAAGAAUCAAGAAUGAUUGAACAUGACCCUUGUUUGUUCUGCAUGGAUGCUGAAUUCAAGACCAGUAAGGACCUGCUGCUUGCAUUUGCAAGGGAUUUUCUGAGUGGUGAGGGAAUCCUUUCUCGCCAUCUUGGAUAUUUGGGCUUGGCGGUUUCCCACGCCCAAGUGCCACUGGAUGAAUUCAACUUUGCUGUAAAGAACUUGGCUUCUGACCUGAGAUGCGGGAUCCGUCUAGUGCGAGUUAUGGAGCUGUUCACCCAAGACUGGAGCCUCUCUCGUAAACUCAGGAUGCCUGCUAUAAGCCGUCUUCAGAAAGUACACAACGUUGAACUUGCGCUGGACAUGCUGAAAGCAAAGGGAGUCGACUUGAAAGAUGAACAUGGUUGUGCUAUUGACGCCAGAGAUAUUGUGGAUGGACACAGAGAAAAGACACUGACCCUGCUGUGGAAAAUCAUCUUUACCUUUCAGGUUGAAGUUUUGCUGGAUGAAGAACAACUCAAGGAGGAAAUAUGUUUCCUCAAAAGAACAUGGAGAACCAGGCAGAAACUUGAUGCAUUGAGGGCUAAUCAGGAUGUGGCAGAGAAGCCAAAGGAGAAAAGGCCUUCAUUCCAACACAGCAGUACGAAAAUCACGCUGUUGAUGGACUGGGUCAAUGCAGUUUCUGUGUUUUACAACUCAAAGGCAGAGAACUUCACGGUAUCUUUCUCAGAUGGGCAGAUUCUUUGCUACCUCAUCCAUUAUUAUCAUCCUUCCCAUCUGCCAUUGGAAGCAGUGUGUCGGAAAACCACGCAGACAGUCGAGUGUGGCCAGCAAGGCAGGGUCGGGCUGAAUUGUUCAUCUAGCGACUCCGAUAGCUCUUUUGACACGUGGCCCGGGCAGCGAAAUGGAGCAGGUACAGAAGCAUCUGUGGAUUUCACCGAGCUUCUGGAGAACGAGAAGAGUAAUUUUCAGUUGGUUGAUACGGCAGUCUCUUACCUCGGAGGAGUUCCAGCCAUGCUGCAUACGGCUGAUAUGUCUAACACUAUUCCGAAUGAAAAGGUGGUUAUGAGCUACCUGUCGUUCCUUUGCGCCCGGCUUCUGGAUCUGAGAAAUGAGACCAGAGCAGCUAGAAUUAUUCAAGGAGCAUGGAGGAAGUAUAGACUGAAAAUGGAGCUAAAGCAUUACAAGGAAAUCAACGCAGCUGCCGCUACGAUUCAGUGUGCCGUCAAAAGGUUCCUUCAAAGACGAAGGAAAGUAAGACAGAAUGCAGCAGCAAUCGUUAUUCAGACCGUCUGGCGCAGCUAUUCGGCACGUCAAGAAUUGCGGCGGUUGCGAAUGGAAAAAUUGCAAACUCUGCGGAACUCUGCAGCGACAGUCAUCCAAGCACAGUGGAGGAAGCACUUGGCUAUGAAGAAAUUCCAGAGAUUAAAAUACUACACUGUCAUGAUGCAAGCUCGUUUGCGGAUGAAAAUGGAAGUGACCGCUUACAGAAGGAUUCUGUGGGCUGCCAGAACAAUUCAGAAACACAGAUGCGCUUGUCUAUUGGCAAAAGAUGAACGUGCAAAAUACCUUGCUCUCAGAAGUUCCAUAAUUAAAAUCCAAAAAAGUUAUCGGGAAUGGAAGACCCGAAUAUGGGCAAAGAAGACCAAUGCCGCCACAGUGAUUCAGAGAGCAUUCCGGAAACGGCAAGAACGAAGACUUGCCCAAAAAAAUGUUGCCGCUAUAAAGAUACAGUCAUGGUACAGAAUGGUGAAAUGCCAAAAACUGUACAAAAACAUCCUUCAGAAAACUAUCAAUAUACAGGCAUGGUACAGAGGUAACAAAGAAAGACGCAACUUUCAGUUUUUAAAACUACAGCACUCUUCUGCCGUUGCUAUCCAAAGAGCAUUCAAAGCAAACAUUCUCCGAAGAAGAUUCUUAGAAAUAAGACAAGCGUCCAUUGUAAUUCAGCAUUGGUUUAGGGCCUGUAGGCAAAAAGAGAGCGAAAGGAAACGAUAUCUGGAAAAGAAAUGUGCAGCCAUUACUUUGCAAGCAGCAUUCCGUGGAUACUUGGUGCGCAAAGCAAACAAGGAACUACAGCGGGCAUCGGUUGUGAUUCAAACGGCUUUCAGAAUGUUUGUAGCUCGAAAGGGAUUUUUGUCUUUGAGAAAAGCAGCCCUUGCCGUACAGCAGCAGUACAAGGCUGUUAUGUUGGGUAGGAAGUUGAGGAAAGAAUACCUGGAUCGACGGCGCUCUGUAGUUGUACUUCAGGCUUUGUGGAGGGGACGAGCAGAGAGAAAGAAGAUCGAAGGAAUGCAUAAAGCUGCUGUAUUGAUACAGUCUUACUACCGUAGGUAUGCAGCACGGUCAGAGUUCAAGUCGAAGAGAAGCGCCGCUUUGACGAUACAGAGCCGUUACAGAGCCCACAGGUCGGGGAGGACAACGCAUUUGCGUUACCUGCGUCUGAGGAAAGCUGCCGUUUCUCUGCAGGCGGGGUUCCGAGGCAUGAAAGCGAGGCAGAAGCUGAGGAAGCAACACAGAGCAGCCACUCUAAUUCAGGCGACAUUUAAAGCUUUCAUUUGUCGCCGACAAUUUUUGUCUCUCAAAAGUGCGGCUACUGUCCUCCAGACUCGCUAUCGGGCACAUUUACUCGCCCAGUCUCAUCAACGGCAAUACAGUCUUCUGCGACAAAUGACUGUAAGGAUUCAGGCCGUGUAUCGGGGCUCUAAAGAAAGAAGGCGUAUAAGGAGAAUGCACGAAGCAGCAACAACCAUUCAAGCAUGCUUCAGAAGGCAUAAAGCACAGGUGACUUUUGCUGCAGCCAGGUGUGCAGCAUCUGUUAUACAGCAGCGUUACAGAGCUUAUGUCAAAGGAAGACAAGAGCGCAAAAAUUACUUGACGAUCAGGGAUUCUGUCGUGGUAAUGCAGUCUGCAUACAGGGGGAUGAAAGUUAGACACCAAGUCCAAGAAAUGCAUAGAUCAGCAACUGUGAUUCAGGCACAUUACCGGAGGCACAUCAUGGUUGUGAAAUUUCAGAGAUUACGCUGGGCAGCCACUGUUGUAGGUCAGCGGUUUAGAGCAAACCAGAAGAGGAAUGUUCAGGUCUCGAAAUACGCAGCUAUGAAAAAAGCUGCAGUUUGCAUUCAGUCUGCUUACCGUGGAAUGACAACUAGGAAACGAGUCAAAACGAUGCAAGAGGCUGCCAGAGUAAUUCAACAGAGAUAUACGGCUUACCGGGAGCACAAGAGGUAUCUUGCAAUGAGAUCAGCUGUUAUCCAGAUUCAGCAAUGGUACAGGGCUCUUAUCAUUGCCAGGCUACAACAGAAGUACUACUAUUCUUUGCGAGCCGCAGCCAUCACAGUGCAAUCCGUGUACAGAGGAAUGAAAGUUAGGAGAGAAGUUCAAAGGAGACAUAAAGCAGCCACAGUGAUUCAAGCAGCUUUUCAAAUGUACAGAGCAAGGAUGGCCUUUAAAGCUGAAAGGCUAGCUGCUACUAUUAUACAGAGACAAUACAGGGCCCAUCUACAGAGAAAGAGAGACCAGGAACAUUUCUUGAAACUGCGUCACAGUGCCAUUGUGAUCCAGUCAGUUUUCAGAGGUAACAAGACAAGACGUGAGAUGAGGAAAAUGCAUGAAGCAGCAACAACCAUUCAAGCAUGCUUCAGAAGGCAUAAAGCACAGGUGACUUUUGUUGCAGCCAGGUGUGCAGCAUCUGUUAUACAGCAGCGUUACAGAGCUUAUGUCAAAGGAAGACAAGAGCGCAAAAAUUACUUGAAGAUCAGGGAUUCUGUCGUGGUAAUGCAGUCUGCAUACAGGGGGAUGAAAGUUAGACACCAAGUCCAAGAAAUGCAUAGAUCGGCAACUGUGAUUCAGGCACAUUACCGGAGGCACAUCAUGGUUGUGAAAUUUCAGAGAUUACGCUGGGCAGCCACUGUUGUAGGUCAGCGGUUUAGAGCAAACCAGGAGAGGAAUGUUCAGGUCUCGAAAUAUGCAGCUAUGAAAAAAGCUGCAGUUUGCAUUCAGUCUGCUUACCGUGGAAUGACAACUAGGAAACGAGUCAAAACGAUGCAAGAGGCUGCCAGAGUAAUUCAAUGGAGAUAUAUGGCUUACCGGGAGCACAAGAGGUAUCUUGCAAUGAGAUCAGCUGUUAUCCAGAUUCAGCAAUGGUACAGGGCUCUUAUCAUUGCCAGGCUACAACAGAAGUACUACUAUUCUUUGCGAGCCGCAGCCAUCACAGUGCAAUCUGUGUACAGAGGAAUGAAAGUUAGGAGAGAAGUUCAAAGGAGACAUAAAGCAGCCACAGUGAUUCAAGCAGCUUUUCAAAUGUACAGAGCAAGGAUGGCCUUUAAAGCUGAAAGGCUAGCUGCUACUAUUAUACAGAGACAAUACAGGGCCCAUCUGCAGAGAAAGAGAGACCAGGAACAUUUCUUGAAACUGCGUCACAGUGCCAUUGUGAUCCAGUCAGUUUUCAGAGGUAAUAAGACGAGACGUGAGAUGAGGAAAAUGCAUUCUGCUGCCACUGUGAUUCAGUCGCAGUUCAGGAUGUACCAGUGUCGCGGGCGUUUCAAGAAAAUGCGAUCGGCUAUCAUGGCUGUGCAAGGGAGGUACAGAGCCUGCAGAGUACGAGAUUCACUAACACAGCAGUAUAGGGCAAAGAGAGCUGCGGCUCUCGUCAUCCAGAGAGCUUUCCGCGGACACAGAGUUAGGCGGCAGGUCAGUGCGAUGCACCGAGCUGCCACAGUCAUCCAGAGAAGGUUUCGUAUGUACAGAGAUAGGAAACGCUUCCUUUCUCUCAGAGCAGGUGCAUUGCUUGUUCAACGAAGAUAUCGAGCUCUGGUAGCUAUGAGAACACAACGGAAGGAAUACCUGAAGCAGUGCUGGUCAACCGUUAUCUUACAAGCAGCUUACAGGGGAAUGAAGGUUCGACAGCAUUUGCAGAAGGAACACAGAGCGGCUGUGAUGAUCCAAGCCCAUGUUAGAAGACACUUAGUGAGAUCUCGCUAUCUUAGGCUGCAGUGGGCCACAAAAGUUGUCCAGCGACAUUUUAGAGCCCAAAAAAUGAUGAAAGCAGAAGUCCAAUCUCUGAAAGAAAAGAUGGCUGCCACAACCCUUCAAGCCGCUUUCCGCGGAAUGAAGACAAGGAAGCACAUAAAACAAAUGCAGGGGGCUGCCAGUGCUAUUCAAAGAAGUUUCAGAACAUACCGGGCACACAGGAAGUAUCUUUCCCUGAAAACAUCUGUUCUUGCCAUUCAGCGAAGGUACCGUUCUGUGAUUGCUACAAGACAACAGAAAGAGCACUAUCAUCGUAUACGCUCCGCUACAAUAACCCUGCAGGGUGCUUAUAGAGGUUACAAGACAAGGAAGGAGAUGCGACAAAAACAUGCCGCUGCAACUGUGCUCCAGGCAGAAUUUCGAAGGCACAGAGCGGUGGUUACAUUUCAAGCAAUGCGAUUGGCUGCUGUCAUCAUUCAGAGACAUUAUAAAUCUUACAAACAGAGAAAAGAAGAUAGAGAGAAAUUUUUAAUGUUAAGAAAUUCUGUCAUUGCCAUUCAGGCAGCAUUCCGGGGACAAAGAGCUCGUAGGGACAUGGCUCAACUGCAUAAAACUGCUGUGCUCAUACAAUCCAAUUAUAGAAUGCAUAGACAACGAGUGGCUUUCCAAAGGAUGCGCUGGGCUGCUGCUGUUCUUCAACAUAAGUUCAGAGCGCAGAAACUGAGAAACUCUCAAGUGCUGCUGUACCAACAAAUUAAGAAGGCAACAGUUUGCAUCCAGACUUCUUUCCGUCGCAAGCGAGCAAGGGAACUGCUGAAACGAGAGAGAGCUGCCCUGAAAAUUCAGUCCUUCCUGAGAAUGCGUGUGCAACGCCGCUGCUUCUUGCAGCAAAGGGCUGCCUCAGUAGUUAUUCAGUCUGCAUUUAGGUGUUACCAUGCCAGAGUUAGAUACGCAAAGAUGCAGACCUCCUCAGUGCAAAUCCAAAGAUGGUACAAGUCAUGCCGUUUGGCUCAGAAACAGAAGGCGGAACACCUUGCCGUCAGGCAAGCAACAGUGACAUUGCAGUCAGCAUUUCGCGGCGUGCUGGCAAGGAGACUUGUUGCACGAUUGCGUGCUGCAGUCAAGAUCCAGUCGGUACUGCAAAUGUUCUGGCAUCGCAAACAGUUUUUGAAUCUCCGGUCGAGUACCGUCAAGAUACAGUCUCAUUACAGAAUGUGGACGGCAAGGAGACGGUUUCUGAGCUACCGGACAGCAGCUGUGACUCUGCAGAAGCACUUCAGAGCCCAGCAAUUAAUGAAGGACCAGAGGUGUGCUUACGUAAACACUCGGAAAAGUAUUGUGACUCUUCAAGCGGCAGUACGUGGACACAUUGAAUACAAAAACUUCCAAAGGUUAAAGAGGAGUGCAGUUACAAUUCAGGCUGCAUUUCGUGGACACCAAGCAAGACGGCAUGCCAAGAGGUCGCAAGCAGCCCUUAAAAUUCAAGCUUGGUUCAGGGGAAACGUGUCGCGGCAGAAGUUCAUUGCAAAACAAAAAGCCAUCACAACUGUCCGCCGGUGUAUGCAAACAAGACUUCAUCGGAAUAGGUUCCGAAAGGUCCGGCAAAGUGUAUGCAUUAUCCAGAGGAGGUGGAGGGAAACACUUGAUGCCAGGCGAACGCAUCAUGACUUCCUGGAAAUGAGGUCUUCCGCAGUUAAAAUUCAAGCGUUGUGGAGAGGUCAUACUAUCCGGUUGAACCUACAGAAGGAACAGACAGCUGCCUGCGUGAUUCAGUCAUCAUAUCGUGGAUACGUGCAGAGGAAAGCUUUCCAACGAAUGAAGAGGUCUGUCUUGGUCCUACAGAAACAUGUCCGAGCACUGCGAAGAGGAAAAGAGGAUUUGGAGACCUUUAAGAACACAAAGAGCGCUGUCAUCACCAUUCAAGCUUUCUGCCGUGGGUGGCUUGUCAGACGACAGCUGAAAGAGGAGGCCCAAACCAGGAGGAGACACCGUUUCUCUGCGGCAGUUUACCACCACCUUUGUGCCGUAAAGAUUCAGCGAGGGCUCCGGGCCCAUUGGGCACUGAAGUCUGCUAAGAGACAGUUGCACUAUGUUAUUUACAUUCAGAGGUGGAUCAGAGCUAAGCUGCAGAAAAAGAGGUACCUUGAAAAGAAGAUGAAGAUCAUAAAGGCGCAGAGAGCAGUUAGAGGGUGGUUAUCUCGGCGCCACACGGCUGCUGUCGUCAUCCAACGUGCUGUAAAGAAAUACUUGUCCAAGAAACGAGAACUGAGGGUGCAACGUGGAAUCAUCGAGGCACAGGCAUUGUGGAGAGGACACCGAUCACGAAAAGCCAACGACGCACCAAAAGUUGUUGCUAUAAGGCACCGCCUCAGGAAAGUAAACCAAAGGGUCAAAGAAGAGGACCGACUUUGUAACAAGACCACAGUUGCCAUAGAUUACCUUCUUCGAUACAAGCAUUUCUCCUACAUUCUUGCAGCUUUGAAGCACUUGGAGACUGCAACCCGACUUUCUCCUGAAUGCUGUGAGCGCCUUGUGAACAGUGGAGCUACGCUUGUCAUAUUCACUCUCAUAAGGAGCUGCAAUCGAAGCGUUCCCUGUAUGGAAGUGAUCACCUUUGCAAUCCAAGUUCUUCUGAAUUUGUCAAAAUAUUAUAAGACCACAGAAGCAGUUUAUGCUGUGGAGAAUUCAGUGAACACACUGUUGGACCUGCUGCAGAUCUACAGAGAGAAAGCUGGGGACAAGGUGGCAGACAAAGGAGGUAGCAUUUUCACCAAGACCUGUUUUCUCCUUGCCAUCUUGCUACAGGAUGAACAGAGGGCUUUGGAGGUAAGGAAUCUCCCCAAAGCCACAGAUAGAAUUCGCAGUUUAUAUUUUCUGACGGCUCGAAAACACAAAAUGGACACGGAAAGAACGGUGACAAAACUGAAGAUGAAUGUGUCCCUUAACGGAAGCCUCUUUACCCAGCCUACCCCUCGAAAAGCAAAAGCACGGCCAAGAAUUGCACCUGACUGGGUCUUGAGACGAGACAAGAUGAAAGAAGUGGUGGAUCCUCUUCAAGCAAUUCAGAUGGUCGCGGAUGCUUUUACACUUGUGCCUUGAAUUGUGUUGAGAAGCAGGUGUGUGGUGUCUGUUCUACCAAGGAUGUUUAUAAUGAAUUGUAUGAUGUACUUGGAUUUUUGUGUUUGUGCGACCUGCAAAGUAGACUAUGUUGGGCUUGUAAAUAAGAUAUUCAACAUUAGUAUAGCAUGCCUGUACCUUUUCUAUGGCAACAGAAUUAAAGAAAGAAAUCCACUUUCGAUUUCA